UUGGCGCCGGGCUAACAGCUUCACCACGUCCGCCGCCCUGGACGCCCGCGGCCCGCCCCAGGCAGCCUGGCCUGCGCAGGUGAGCGUCGGGCGCUCCCACUGCUGUGCCUCCCCGGCACCGGCGCACCCUCUCUAGGCUCCGCCCAGGCUGAGGGCUGGGGGUCGCCGCGGCGGAAGAGAGUGCGCACCCUAGAGCCCCACCAGCAUGGGCCACCCAACCUACGGAGACGAGGACUACGAGGACGAUGAGGGGAACUCAGGGUGUUUGUGUCGGGCUGCAAGGCGGGCCUCUCCCCCAGCAUUCACCUGGGAGGUGAAGGCCAACGACCGGGCCUACCAUGCGCGCUUCAAGGAGAAGGUGUUCCUGUGCUGGCGGAGGGACAAGUACAAGACCAACGUCAUCCACACCGCCAAGUACAGCGUCUUCUCCUUCCUGCCGCUGAACCUGUACGAGCAGUUCCACCGCCUGUCCAACCUCUACUUCCUGCUGGUCAUCGUCCUGCAGGGCAUCCCCGAGAUCUCCACCCUGCCCUGGUUCACCCUCUUCGCACCCCUCGUGUGCCUCAUCGCCAUCCGUGCGGCCCGGGACCUGAUGGAUGACAUCGGCCGGCACCGGAGUGACAAAGCCAUCAACAACAGGCCCUGCCAGAUCCUGACCGGGAGAAGCUUCUCACGGCAGCGGUGGAAGGACCUGCGUGUGGGGGACGUGGUCUGUCUCAGCAAGGACAGCACCGUCCCGGCUGACCUGGUCCUGCUGGCCAGCUCGGAGCCCAGCAGCCUGUGCUAUGUGGAGACGGCCGACAUUGACGGGGAGACCAACUUGAAGUUCAGACAGGCCCUGAUGGUCACUCACCACGAACUGACCAGUACCAGGAAGAUGGCAUCCUUCCAAGGCACGGUGCUGUGCGAGGAGCCCAACAGCCGCAUGCACCACUUCGUGGGCUGCCUGGAGUGGAACGACAGGAAGUACCCCCUGGACAUUGGCAACCUCCUGCUGCGGGGCUGCAAGGUCCGCAACACCGACACGUGCUACGGGCUGGUCAUCUACGCCGGCUUUGACACGAAGAUCAUGAAGAACUGUGGCAAGAUCCACCUGAAGAGGACCAAGCUGGACCUGCUGGUGAACAAGCUGGUGGUCCUGAUCUUCCUGUUCCUGGUGGUCCUCUCCCUGCUGCUGACCUUCGGCUACACUUUCAAGGUCAAAGAGUUCAAAGACAAGCACCACUACCUCGCGGGGAUCCACAGCAGGGGCGUGGUCACCGAGUCCUUCUUCAUCUUCUGGGGCUUCCUCAUCCUGCUCAGCGUCAUGGUCCCCAUGGCCAUGUUCAUCCUAGCGGAGUUCAUCUACUUGGGCAACAGCAUCUUCAUCAACUGGGACCUGCAGAUGUACUGGGCGCCGCAGGACGCGCCGGCCCAGGCCCGCAGCACCAGCCUCAACGACCACCUGGGCCAGGUGCAGUACGUGUUCUCCGACAAGACGGGCACGCUCACGCAGAACGUCAUGACCUUCAAGAAGUGCUGCAUCCAGGGCCGCGUCUACGGUCCGGACAAUGAGGACGGGACCCCACCUAAGGAGAACCCCUACCUCUGGAACAAGCUGGCCGACGGGAAGCUGCCAUUCCACAACAAGGAGCUGCUAGGCGCUGUGCGGGCCAACCGGGACCCGGCGGUGCGCGAGUUCUGGCGCGUGCUGGCGCUGUGCCACACCGUCAUGGCCCAAGAGCAGGAUGUGCGGACGCCCGAGGGCUCCAUCUGCCUCUACACGAAGGGCGCCGACACGGUCAUCCUGGAGCGGUUGCAGAAGAGAGGGGCGGUGGAGCACACCACCGAGGAGGCCCUGGCCGCCUUUGCCCACCAGACUCUGCGGACGCUGUGCCUGGCCUACAAGGUGGUGGACGAGGACACGUAUGAGGAGUGGAGCCUGCGGCACAGGGAAGCCGGCCUCCUGCUGCGGAAUCGGGCUCAGUCGCUGCACCAGCUGUACGAGGAGAUCGAGCAGGACCUGAAGCUGCUGGGAGUCACGGCCAUCGAGGACAGACUGCAGGACGGCGUCCCCGACACCAUCAAGUGUCUCAAGAAGGGGAACAUCAAAGUGUGGGUGCUCACGGGGGACAAGCAAGAGACCGCGGUAAACAUUGGCUUUGCCUGCCAGCUGCUGUCAGAGAACAUGCUUAUCCUGGAGGAGAAGGAGAUAUCCCGGAUUCUGGAGGCUUACUGGGAGAGCAAUAACAACGUGUUCACCAAGAAGCGCAGCCUGUGGUUCCUACGGCAGGUCAAGAUGGCCAUGGUCAUCAAUGGCGACUUCCUGGACCAGCUGCUGCUGUCCUUGCGCAAGGAGCCCCGGGCCCUGGUGCAGAACGUGUGUGCAGAUGAGGCGUGGCAGGAGCCCAGCCCGAUUAAGAGGGACUUCCUAGGGGCCAGGCGCAUCUCCCUAAUGUGGCGGGCCAUCGGCAUGCAGCUGGCCACCGCGCAGUCCAAGGAGUCAAACGUCGGCGAGAGCGCCGAGGUGCGGCGGGAGCGGGCCUUCGUGGACCUGGCCUCCAGGUGCCAGGCGGUCAUCUGCUGCCGGGUAACACCCAAGCAGAAGGCACUGGUGGUGGCGCUGGUCAAGAAAUACCAGCAAGUGGUAACGCUGGCCAUCGGGGAUGGCGCCAACGACGUCAACAUGAUCAAGACCGCAGACAUCGGCGUGGGGCUGGUGGGCCAAGAGGGCAUGCAGGCGGUGCAGAGCAGCGACUACGCGCUGGCACAGUUCAGCUUCCUGCGGGAGCUGCUGCUUGUGCACGGACGCUGGUCCUACAUGCGGGUCUGCAAGUUCCUGCGCUACUUCGUCUACAAGACGCUGGCCAGCAUGAUGGCGCAGGGCUGGUUCGCCUGCUACAACGGCUUUUCCUCGCAGCCCCUGUAUGAAGGCUGGUUCCUGGCGCUCUUCAACCUCCUGUACAGCACCCUCCCUGUCCUGUACAUCGGCCUCUUUGAGCAGGACCUGAGUGCGGAGCAGAGCCUGGAGCGGCCCGAGCUCUACCAGGUGGGGCAGAAAGACAAGCUCUUCAACUACGGGGUCUUCCUGCAAUCUGUGGCCCACGGCACGGCCACCUCCCUGGUCAACUUCUUCGUGACGCUGUGGGGCAGCCGCGCCACGGCGGGGCCCGCGGGCUUGGGCGACUACCAGUCCUUCGCCGUGGUCAUGGCCCUGUCCAGCCUGCUGUCCAUCACCAUGGAGGUGGUGCUGAACAUCCGCUACUGGACCGUGGUGUGCCUGGUGGCUGUCCUGCUGAGCCUGGGCUUCUACGUGGCCAUGACGUCGGUCACCCAGAGCCUCUGGCUCUACCGGCUGUCCCCCACCACCUUCCCGUUUCUGUCCGCAGACCACAACGCGCUCUCCCAGCCCCCCACCCUGCUGGUGGUCCUCCUGAACGUGACCCUCAACACCCUGCCCGUCUUGGCCUUCCGCGUCAUCUCCCAGGCCCUGAAGAAGCCCCCCAAGGACCAGGAGGAGGAGGAGGAGGGCCCGAGCGAGGAGGCCAUGGCGGCCGAGCAGGUGUCCCACUUCCACCGCGAGUCCCGCGCCCGACGCUCCAGCUACGCCUUCUCGCACCGCGAGGGCUACGCCGACCUCAUCACGCCGGGGUCCCCCUUCCACCGCGAGUCCCGCGCCCGACGCUCCAGCUACGCCUUCUCGCACCGCGAGGGCUACGCCGACCUCAUCACGCAGGGCACCAUCCUGCGGAGGCCGCGCGCGGGCGGCGAGGGCUCAGACUCCCCGCAGUCCGACGAGGAGCCGCCCGCGGGCCCCAGGGAGUCCCCUCGCUUCUCCAGGAAGCCGUCGUUCCUGGUGAGGAAGAGGCGCCAGCACCGCGGGAAGGUGUCCUCGGAGGAGCCCCCGUCCACGGUGAGCUCCUCGCUGGUGGAGGGGUCGGCGGCCCUGGCCCCGUGCUCAGAAAACCAGCCCGCCGCUGGCAAAAGGGCGCCGGCCCCCAGCAGGCCCAUGGGGCUUUUCCAGGAGGCGCCCAAGACAUGGACCCCCGGGCCGCAGCCCAGGCUGGAGCCCCCUUCCCAGGCUGGGGGAAGCCAGCCGUCGCAGUCGCCUCCGGAGGACCCGCCACUCCCCAGCAGCCAGAGGCCGUCUUCGGGCCAGCCCGGGUCCUCGGCAACGUCGUCGUCCUGGAGGACCUCGGCGACGUCCUGGACCAGCUGGCCCUACAGCGGGCAGAAGGGGCCCCCAGAGGAGGCAAGGGCACUCCCGCCCAAGACUCCCGUGUCCUCCGUGGAGACCCCGCCACCCAGUGGGGAGGAACCACCUGACAGGCUGUCCAUGGAGGUGGAGGCCUGGCCCGCAGAGACAGAGCCAUCACCCAUGGAGUGGCUGCCGGUGCCUGAGGAGCCGUCCCCACCCCGUGCAGCGGGACAGCCACCCUUGUCCUCAGACGGGCAGUCACUGCCCUGCCGACAUCAUCCCGGGAGCGGGGGACUGUCCCCUGAAGACAAGGGCUCUGAGGCCUUCCCUUUUUCUAAUAAACCGAGGUCCAUCUGACCCCAGGGCUUCCUUCGACUCACUUUCC